AUGGAUAAGCCAUACAUGAAGCUCUUCCACCGCAUUCAGUUAGGCCUAAGCAAAGCAACCCCAACUAUAGUGCUCUCAGAGCAUCAGAUACGCAACUAUCAUGCUGACAUCCUAUCACCAAAAGGUGUUGUCAUGAAUGAUGGUAUAGGAAGACUGUCUCCAUCGGUUAUGCGAGAGGUGGGGAAUGCUCUUGGUCUAGAGAGCAUCCCAUCGGUUAUUCAAGGGAGGAUAGGAAGCGCUAAGGGAUUAUGGAUAACGGAUACAACAUCAGUGGGCGAUGAGAAGUGGAUUGAGACGCACAGCUCUCAACGAAAAUGGGAAUGCGACUGGUCCGAUCCCGCCUACCGCACUCUUGAUGUUGUGACGUCGCCAUCAGAACUGCAGCCAGCAAACCUAAACCUUGAAUUGAUCCCUAUCUUGGAAGGCGGAGCAAUCGAUAAAGAGUUGAUGCGGACAACCAUCGUCCGACAUAUGGCUGUUCACCUCAGGAGCGACUUGGAACGUGCCAAGACCGCCAUGAAGCAGCCUGACCAUUUUCGAAAAUGGGUUCACGACACCUCCUACACCGCAUCUGAGAGAAGCCAAAGCGGCCUGGAGUUCGUUGGAGGACUGCCUAAGGAUUUUGCAGAUAUCAUGAAUUUCCUCGUGGACGGGGGUUUCGAUCCUUUGAAGCUUCAGUUCCUCAACGAGCUUGUUUUCGAGCACCAACGAAAACGGUGGGAACGGAUCGAGGGCAAGUUGAAUGUCAAGGUUGGUCAGUCAACCUAUGCAUUCAUGGCUGUUGAUUUUCAAAAGGUACUAGCGGCCGAUGAAGUCUACCUCUGCUUCUCAUCUAGCUUCAAUGAUGGCACCAGAGAGCUACACGACCUAGAAGGGAUGGAUGUACUGGUCGGCCGCUGCCCUGCGCACCUUCCAAGCGACAUACAGAAAGUGAAGGCUGUCUUCAGACCGGAGCUCCGCCACUUGAAAGACAUCAUCAUAUUCCCUUGCACAAGAGAUGAACCGCUCGCGCAAAGGUUAUCGGGUGGUGAUUACGACGGUGAUAGGGCGUGGAUCUGUUGGGAUCCGGAUAUGGUCAACAAUUUUGAGGGUGUUGACGUACCGCCUAAACCUUCGUUUGGAAAGUAUUUCCUGCCAAAUACUCGACAAUUAGGGGACCUUUUUUCUUGCCAUGGCAAAGCGCAUUUUCUGGAUCGAUUGUUGGAAGAGGCUUUUGCGUUUCACCUUGCGCCAACCUUUAUCGGCAUUUGCACAAGCCAUAAGGAAAAGCUGGCCUACCACAAGAACAGCAUCAGUGAAGAGUCUGUCAUCAACCUGAGCUGGCUUCUCAGUGAUCUAGUGGACCAAGAGAAGAGUGCCUUUGUGUUCAACCAAGACAUUUGGCGGCGGAUCAUGAAGGAGAUGGGUGGCGGCAUGCUAGAUCUGGCCAGCGCUCUCAACAAGACAAGCCUAACCAAGACAAGACAAGCCAAGUCAAGUCAAGCCAAGUCAAGAUUACCAUCUUCUCAAUCAAGACGGCUUUUUUAG